AUGUAUUUACAUAAAAGAAAAACAAACACAUGUGGUACUGUUAGAAAAAAUCGAAAACUGAUGCCAACUAUUGAAGGAAAACUAAAAUUAGGUGAACGAGAAGCUCGGUGCACUGACAAACUUUUAGCGAUUCAUUGGAAGGACCGUCGUGACGUAUACAUGUUAACAUCUAUGAAUACAAAUGAAAUGGUAGACACAAAAAAGAUAGAUAGGAAAACAGGAAAAAAAUAUCUCAAGCCACAAUGUGUAGUUAGUUACAACAAAAAUAUGGGUGCAAUAGACAAGACAGAUAUGUUAUUAAGUUCUACCGAAUGUGUUAGGCGUACAUUGAAAUGGUACAAAAAACUAUUUUUUCAUAUUAUUGAGAUGAGUAUGCUAAAUGCAUAUUCAGCCUAUAAAACAGUUACAGGUAAGCAUAUUUCAUUAGCUGACUUUCAGCUAACUUUGGUUAAUGAAAUAUUACAAAAAUACAAAUCCAGUGUGAAAACAACUCCAAGUAAAGGUAAAAAAAUAAUAAGUACAGACAGCCGUUUAAGUGAAAGACAUUUUCCAGAUUUAAUACCACAAACAUCAAGUAAAAAACAAAGGAGAAAAUGCUUUGUUUGCAGCCAUAAGACUGAGGGGAAAAAAAGAACAGAUACAUUAUAUCAAUGCAAUGAGUGCAAUGUAGGUUUAUGUGUUGUACCAUGUUUCAAAAUAUAUCACACUCAACAAACUUUUUAA